AUGUCCACUCUGUCCUGGAACUGCCCAGGGCAGCGGAGUGUUCAGCAGGAAGACCUCGAGUGCCGACCCGAGGAGGGACUCCCAGCACGUGUGUGUCCCCGGACCCUCCGCACACCCUCUACGUGCCCAGUUGAAGUUAACCCCUCGAGUAAGAGGAACACAACGACUUCUACACCAGAGGGGCCUGUGCAAGCAAGGAGCCCAGCCCCAGGACCCCGUUCUGUGAUCCGGAAAGAACACAGACCACCUGCCUUGGAGUUUCGGCUGAACUGGGUGGUCUUGUUUGCUCUCUUACAAGGUGUCCAGGGUGAGGAGAAGCUGGUGGAGUCUGGAGGAGGCCUGGUGCAGCCUGGGGGGUCUCUGAGACUCUCCUGUGUCGGCUCUGGAUUCACCUUCAGUAGUUAUCCCAUAGGCUGGGUCCGCCAGGCUCCAGGGAAGGGGCUGGAGUCGCUGGCAUCUAUUGGUAGUGGUAGUUAUAGUGGUAGCACCUACUACGCAGACUCUGUGAAGGGCCGAUUCACCAUCUCCAGAGACAACUCCCAGAACACGGCCUAUCUGCAAAUGAACAGCCUGAGAACCGAAGACACGGCCCGGUAUUACUGUGCAAGAGGCACAGUCAGGGGAAGAAAUCAGAAUGGUCCACGAGUGACAGGUGUCUACCGUGACGAAACUGAUGCAAUGAAGAGACAUCUUCGUAAAGGCCAUCCAACCGACCAGCAUCAGGACCCUCAUGCCUGCCUUGGGCACCUGCCACUUUGA